GUCAGCGUUAACGGCGCCUGCGUCAAAUCAAAAUGGCGGGGUAUUGCUGACGAAGUAAAAUUGAAUACUUAUAAUGUGUAUAUCAAAGAGAGAAUAGUUGAAAUAAAUCGAUGCUACGACAUAAUAAUCAUAACAAUUCAAUUCGGGAAGUAUCAUUCAGCGCCAUUUUUGAAUGAGAUGCAGAAUUCGAAGCUUCGUCAUGUGACUUUAUCUACACGUAAGAAAUAACUCAUACUGUACAGUGUAAAAGUUUAAAGUCAUGAUAGUGAAUUGCUAUAUUGCAUCAUAAUACAGUCCACCAAGUAACAUAUUUCAUUUAAAAUUCAACUCGAAAAUGUUGGUACGUUGCGGUAUGGAAAAUAAUUUACGAGAGUGGUAUUCGAUCGAUACGAAUCGAACCGAGAUCGUCGAUUUAGCAACAUGGAGCUUAGAAAAAGGAAUAACUAAAAUUGCUUCAGAUUCUCUUCUUCAUGAAAGAAGAUAUAAUUUAGAGAGUUUGAUAAUGAGAGCUGUUAUAAUUAAGGAUUCGUCGUUCCUAAUUGUAAACGAGGAUGGUGAAUUAGACGGGAUAUUCGGUAAAAUAUUAAGAGAACUUUCUAUGACUCUCAAUUUUAGUUUCAAUAUUGUUUCUGAAGUAGAAGAAUAUGGAAGUUGGAAUCUUAAAGAAAAGACUUGGUCCGGAGCAGUAGGAGAAUUAUAUGCUGGACGUGCUGACAUUUCUAUUUCAGAUUUUUCUAUUACUAGUGCUAGAUUGAAUGCUGUUGACUUUACACUUCCACUUUUGCUUUCGAAAAAAUGUCUUUAUAUUCGCGAGCCAGAAAUAUUUGCGAUUAAAUGGUCAUCUUUUUUUCAAACAUUCUCCUAUUCUAUUUGGAUAGCUAUAUUGGUGAUAUUAAUUGUUGGAUCGAUUUUACUGAUUUUUCUCAAAAUACAGAAUGGAACGGAUCGUAACGUAGGACAUUUGUUAUCCGAUAAUUUUCUGGAGAUUUGGGGUAUAUUUUGUCAACAGGGAUUAGCAGAAAUGGAAAUGACAACGAUGGUGUUCAAAUGGACGCGUGCCCUUUCUCGCGAAGGUUUUAUGACUUCGAACUUAUACUUUUCAGAAUUGCACGAAUCGUCGUAUUAUAUAAAUCGAAUCGUACGACCGCAUUACGUCGCAGUUAUAUCUAAUUACAAUGCAAUUAAUGAAUUCUCUUUGGCAACCAGUAAUUUUGACAUGUCCUUUGCUGCCUGGUUAGUAUUGUUCAUUCACAAGGCAAACGAUUACGAUUAUUGUCACAGUCCACAAGGUAACAUAUUUCAUUUGAAAUUCAAUUCGGAAAUGUUGGUACGUUGCGGUACGGAAAAUAUUUUACGAGAAUGGUAUUCCAUUGAUCCAAAUCGAACUGAGAUCGACGAUGUAGCAACUUGGAAUUUGGAAAAAGGAAUUAUUAAUAUUUCACCAAAUUCUUUUUAUGAAAGAAGAUACAAUUUACAGGGUUUGAUCAUGAGAGCUAUUAUAAUUAAGAAUUCAUUAUUUAUAAGAAUAAAUAAGGAUAGCAAAUUGGACGGUCAGUUUGAUAGAAUAUUAGAAGAACUUAUUGGGAUGCUUAAUUUUACUUUCGAUAUUGUCGCGGAACUAGAUGAGUAUGGAAGUUGGAAUCCAAAAGAAAAAUCUUGGUCCGGAGCAAUGGGAGAAUUAUAUGCUGGACAUGCUGACAUUUGCCUUUCAGAUUUUUCUAUGACCAGUGCAAGAUUGAACAUUGUUGACUUCACGCUUCCUCUUUUAACUUCAAAAAACUAUCUUUACAUUAAAAAACCACAAUUAUUUGCGAUUAAUUGGUCAUCGUAUUUUCUAGUUUUCUCCAAUUUCGUUUGGAUUGCUAUGUUUGGAAUAUUAAUUUUUGCAUCGAUAUUACUAGCUUUUUUCAAAAUAAGGUAUGAAACGGAUCGUAAUAUAGGAUAUUUAUUGAUCGAUAAUUUUCUAGAGAUUUGGGGUAUAUUUUGUCAACAGGGACUCGUAGAUUUUCCUGAAAUAUCUUCGUUAAAAAUAGCAUAUCUCUCUAUAUUUUUUUUGGCUGUAGUCUUAUCGGCUGCCUAUUCCGCAGCUUUGAUAAGCUUUUUAACAUCAGAUGUCACCAUCUUACCGUUUCAUUCCUUAGAGGGUUUUAUUGCAGACGGUACUUAUCAGCUUAUCGUACUUCGCGGUACGUCUGAUUAUGAUCUUCUUGUAAAUUCGGGAGAUCCACUUGGAAAAAAAUUAAGGAAGUUUAUGCUGAAAGAUGAGGAAUUGCCAAUAAAUAUAAUAGAAGGAGUUAAGAAGAUUUGUGAAAAUCCGAAACUAGCAUUUUACUCGUCCGAUGAAAUAAACAAGAUUGUAAAUUUUAAAAUGCCAUGCGAUAUGUUUCCUAUUGAAACAGGACGAAUGGACAAUUUAGCCAUGAUUUUAUCUAAGAACAAUCCAUUUAGAGAUGUUAUUAAUUUUCACUUGCAGAAAUUUAUCAAUAAUGGAAUGAUGAAUCAUUUAAAGGAAACGACAUCUAAAAUGAAAUCGUUUGGUAUGAUCAAGCAUCAACCGGUUUGUAUAAUCAACGUAAUAUCCCUUAUUUUCUUCAUCUUAAUUGGGAUUAUUUUGAGUACUUGCAUUUUGAUCAUGGAGAAAUUUUUUUUUGCUCAUGAAAGUAAGAAAAAUUUGAUGGUAGAACGUAUGCCGUUAAAAAAAUUAGAUUUUUAUGUGAAGAGAAAAAAAGGUAUAAAAAAUAUUACAAAUUAUUACACGAAUCGCAAAUGUUCAAGCGUAAAAUAUUAAAAACGAUUUAAUGUUUUUUCUCAACAAAUUUUUAUACUCUUAUUGUAAUUUUCUAAUGAAAUGAAAACAACCGUACACUCUAUAUG